AUGAAUAAACAAUCUGCUGUUCUUCAUAACACCAUUGUGUCAUGGCCUUUAUUGCCCGUAGGAACUUCAGAAGCUUCACGAACUCCGCCGCAAACAUUUCAGACUUUGAUAUCAUUGUUAAAUACACCUGACAAGAGACAAAGGCAUCCUAACAUGUGUUUUGUUCCUUUUUCACGUGAAAGGUAUAUCCAAAAAGUUUUCAUAGUAUGUGCAUUUGAUAGAACAAUCGAAGAAUUGAUAAAAGAUAUAGGAGAGGAACUUGCUAAAGAGGUGCUAACUAUACGAGACAAUAAUCCUGAUGUGUGGACAACAAGCUUGGAGAAUGAAAAUUUUAAAAGCCAUGCCCAAGAUAAAACAUCAGAUGUUGGGGAAGAAUUUUUUAUAUUAUAUUGUGAAAAAAUUUUCAUUGAAUUGUGCGCAGACAUUAAUAUUUAUGACUUUAUUAAUGAUGUUACUGACAACUUUUUAUCUUAG